CCGGCAGGGGCAGCAGCGGGAGCGGCGCGAGCGUCCAGAAGCGGCCCGGCCCUGCCCGGCGAGGCGGCGGCGGCGCCGGCAGCGACGCCAGAGCCCGUGGGCGCCGUUCACGAGGCCGCCGCAGGGGCCCGACUGCAGCGCGGGGAGGCCUUGGUGCCGGAGGCCGCCGCUGCCGCCAUGCCGCUGCUCUUCCUCGAGCGCUUCCCCUGGCCCAGCCUCCGCACCUACACGGGCCUCAGCGGCCUGGCGCUGCUCGGCGCCGUCAUCAGAGCCUACCGUGCCCUCAGCCAGCCCGAGGCCGAGGCCGGGCCGGGGCCCGGCGAGUCGGAGCCCAUAACGGCCCCGGUGCAGCCAGAUCCAGGCGCGGUCGCCCGGCCCAGUGCCGGGGGCCCCGGGGCCAGCGACGUGGCCCAGUACCUGCUCUCGGACAGCCUGUUCGUGUGGGUUCUGGUCAAUACUGCCUGCUGUGUGUUGAUGCUGGUGGCUAAGCUAAUCCAGUGCAUUGUGUUCGGCCCCCUUCGCGUGAGUGAGAGACAGCACCUCAAAGACAAGUUUUGGAAUUUUAUUUUCUACAAGUUCAUUUUCAUCUUUGGUGUGCUGAAUGUCCAGACAGUGGAGGAGGUGGUCAUGUGGUGCCUCUGGUUUGCCGGACUGGUAUUUCUGCACCUGAUGGUUCAGCUCUGCAAGGACCGAUUUGAAUAUCUCUCUUUUUCUCCCACCACACCGAUGAGUAGCCACUGCCGGGUCCUGUCCCUGCUGGUCGCUAUGCUGCUGUCCUGCUGCGGGCUGGCGGUUGCGCGCUGCGUCACCGGCUACUCGCACGGGAUGCACACGCUGGCUUUCAUGGCAGCAGAGUCUCUUCUUGUCACCGUGAGGACUGCUCAUGUGAUUUUACGAUAUGUAAUCCACCUUUGGGACCUCAAUCAUGAAGGGACGUGGGAAGGAAAGGGAACAUACGUCUAUUACACAGAUUUUGUCAUGGAGCUCACUCUCUUGUCCCUGGACCUCAUGCAUCACAUUCACAUGUUGUUAUUCGGCAACAUCUGGUUAUCCAUGGCCAGCUUGGUGAUCUUCAUGCAGCUGCGCUACCUGUUCCACGAGGUGCAGCGUCGGAUCCGCCGGCACAAGAACUAUUUGCACGUCGUUGGGAACAUGGAGGCCAGGUUCGCAGUUGCAACGCCGGAGGAGCUGGCUGUCAAUAACGACGACUGUGCCAUCUGCUGGGACUCCAUGCAGGCGGCCAGGAAGCUGCCCUGUGGACAUCUCUUCCACAACUCCUGUCUUCGUUCCUGGCUAGAACAAGACACCUCCUGCCCGACGUGCAGAAUGUCUCUGAACAUCGCUGACAACAGCCGUGGCAGGGAGGACCAUCAGGGGGAGAACUUGGACGAGAAUUUGGUUCCUGUCGCAGCCGCAGAAGGCAGACCUCGCUUAAACCAGCACAAUCACUUCUUCCACUUCGAUGGGUCCCGGAUUGCCAGCUGGCUGCCGAGCUUCUCAGUUGAAGUGAUGCACACCACCAACAUCCUGGGCAUCGCGCAGGCCAGCAACUCCCAGCUCAAUGCCAUGGCGCACCAGAUUCAAGAGAUGUUCCCCCAGGUCCCCUACCCGCUUGUGCUGCAGGACCUCCAGCUGACCCGCUCGGUGGAAGUGACAACGGACAACAUUUUAGAAGGACGGAUUCAGGUCCCUUUCCCCACACAGCGGUCAGACGGCAUCAGACCUGCGUUGAACAGUCCUGUGGAAAGGCCGGAUGGUGGCCCAGAGGAGGGAGCAGCUUCUGCCCAGACGGAGCGUGUGCCGCUGGACCUCAGUCCCCGGCUGGACGAGGCCCUGGACUUCAGCGAGGUGGAGGCCGAGCCAAGCGAGGGGGAGGACUUCGAGGCGCGUGGCAGCCGCUUCUCCAAGUCUGCCGACGAGAGACAGCGCAUGCUGGUGCAGCGGAAGGACGACCUCCUGCAGCAGGCUCGCAAGCGUUUCUUGAACCGAAGCUCUGAAGAUGACUCGGCCUCCGAGGGCUGCCUGGCCUCGGAAAGCAUGACUUCUGACCCCGUGACCCUGCGUCGUAGGAUGCUGGCUGCGGCUGCCGAACGGAGACUUCAGAAGCAGCAGACCUCCUAGCGCUCCCGGGCCGUCCUCAGCCGCCGCCUCCAAGCAGCGCCCGCCCGCCCGCCCACCCGCGAGGAGACCCGGCCUCGCCCACCGGCUGCUGGAAGGAGCGGGCUUGACUGCAUCGCCGCUGUACAAAGCAUGUGGUCUUCAUAGUGUUUGGACAGCUGACAAAUUUAAUCCUUUUUUGUAAUACUUUCUAUGUGACAUUUCUUUUCCCUUCGGAAACACUGCACAUUUUAACUCUAGGCAUGACCUCUUCCGGCAUUGACUGGACUUCUUUGGGGUGGGGAAGGUCAGGAGGCAGCAGUGGGCAGCCGGAGGCCCUGAGGCGGCAGCUUCAGUGACGGCGUGGUGCCCAAGUCACAGCACGUGCUGGCGUCCUAGCUCCCCACCUGGCAGGAAGUGGAGGGUGGGGGCCGGGACCCAUCGGGAGCCGAGCUGUGCAGCGCGAGCCCACUCUGCACACUGGAGAGUCUGGUCCAGUGCUGUUCUUAAUCAGGAGGUGUCCAAAGUGUCCUGGAGGCCGGGCCCCCAGGUCCCCAGGCCGGCAGGGCAUCUUGGACCAGCAGAGCUUGGUUUGACACCCAGAGCAGCCCAGGGCUGUAGAGUGUGAGCAGGUGGCCCCUGUGUCCCGGUAUGUCCGGGACUUCCUUUCCGAGCCCCGAUCGAAACAGGUUUAUUCACGUUCACGCUGGUGCUCCUGCGUCUCAUGAGUUGACCCUGUGUGUCUGUCCUCUCCCGUCUGCGUUUCCCGGGCCCUGGGUGGACACGGGGCGUGCGGCGCUGAGCGGGUGGAGCAGCCAGCGUUGGUUUGUGGUUCGCAGGCCUUGGCCGAGGAAUCUGGGCAAUGCUUGAGGCUGUGGGUUUGGUCCUUGGAGAAAAUGUGGGCCUUACAAGAUGGGCGAGGACAUCCUGGAGGGCUUGACUGAAGAAAUAAAAGAGAUCUUUUCAUAUCUUUCUCCUCUGGAGCCCUUCAUUCCAUAACCUUGUUCCCAUUGGUUUGAACAUGGAACGGCAAGAUGUGGAACCCGCCUGCCUCGGAGGGACCCCGAUCCUGACCCUUUUCAGAUUUGUUACCCGUUUAACUUUAAGGAUUUGAAACACGCAGCGAUAGGUUCCAUAGUUCAGUUUUAUGUCCUAUUGGACGAAGUUGUUUUUUAAAAAUGUUUGAAAGCAUAGUUUUUUUGGUAGUCCUUUAGGGGAGAAUCCAGUAUUACCUAAAAUUAUUGGCAAAGUUAAAUGUAUUUUAAACUUGGAAAGUUUUUAGAAUGUUGAAAAGUAAUUGAGAAGAGAGUGAUGAAAUAAAUGUUUAGGCCAAGGUAAUUUAUUUCAAUAAAUCUUUCAAAAGCCUUACCUUUGAAAUGCUGUUAGUAAAUUUCUGUGAUUUUUAAGAAAAUGUGUUUUGUUUUGCUGAGAGCAUAGCUACUUGUUUUUAUUGUAAAACAAUAAUAAUAAUAAA